GGAGUGCGUGUUGUACCGUUGUGUGUCAGUGUUCAGAUUAUUCACUGAAAAUUAAGGUCUCGUAGCAUGUCUUGACGAGUAGGAGGGGCUCUUCAACGGGGUUUUCGGCAGACAAGGGUUCUCCAAAAUGGCGGGCGGUCAGCAGCUUCCCGAACAGUACACGGUACCGCAGCUCGCUAGGGUCUUCCACGGCCUGCCGCACCUCAACGUCUCUCUUUACUCGGUCAACAACACCUUCAAUCCACAUUCCGAAAUUUAUCUCGAGAGCCUCGGGAUACUUGGAAGUAUCCCUGCAGCCUGGUUAAUCCUGACGUUGCUGGUGCUCCUGGUCUACCUGGUAACGAGAUGCUGCGACCGGAAGCCGCGCCCCAGGAGGUCGAUAACCCUGCUGAAGUGUUCGCUGGCCAUCCUGGCGUUGCUCUGUAGCGGAGCUGUUGCCGUCGGCCUCUACGGUAACGACGACGUGCACAACGGUUUGGUGCAAUUGGUGGCCGCUGCUAAGAACGUCGAUGGUAUUCUCAUGGGUGUACGGAAUCAGACCAACACCAUCGAGAUGACAUUGAAGGAGAAGGUGCAGCCGCAGUUGACUGCCUUGGGGGACGAUUUCGAUGCCCCCGUCAGCAAUAAAACCAUGCUUGGCCUGCUGUUGGCCGCUCUGCAGAGCGUGAAGCACAGCACGAACAUCGCCAUGAACCGGAGCUUCGAAAUUCGAAAACCGCUGAGCGGAAUCAGCCUAGCCGGUGCGAUCGGCAUAGGAGAGAAGAUAGAGCAAUUAAGGUGGCCUGUCACUAUGGCCGUUCUCAGCGCGCUUCUCGUUCUCUGCGUGGUGCUGGUCGUCGGAGUUGCGCGACAUUCCAGAUGCGUUCUCAUAACAUUCUCCGUGUUUGGUCUAUUUGCUGUGAUAGUCUCCUGGCUGAUGGCUUCACUGUAUCUCGCAACUUCAGUGGCCUUAGGUGAUCUCUGCGUGUCUCCAGACGGUUACUUAACCAGAGCGGUACCGUCCACUCUAGCCUCCGAGGUUCUUUCAUAUUACACACAUUGCGAGAACACGCGCAGUAAUCCAUUUAGUCAGAAAUUAAGCGACGGUCAAAUCGCGGCCAGUAACAUGAGGGAGAAUAUGAACACGGUGACCAGGUUGGCACUGGAACUGUUCAAGGAUCUGCAGUUGCAAUCAAAGCUGAACAAUCUUUCAAACGACGUGAACACGGUGAACAAACUCAUGUCGGGCUUGACCACGUUACUUGAUUGCAAACCUCUUCACAAGCAAUACAUUCAUGCCGCAAAAAGCUUAUGUCAUUUAGGAUUGUACGGAUUAACAUUCAUGCUGUUGGCGAGCCUAACCGCGGGACUGUUCUUCACAGUGCUAGUUUGGGUGGACUCUCACACUUGGAUCUAUAUUCGAAAGCGAAGAGAUUACCAUCAAGUCGACGAACAGGACCCGUAUCUACCGCCAUCGGCAGCUUCGCAGGCGAUAGCAGCGCGGACCCUUCGAGGCCAAGGGUCGUACCCGCCUACAGCCCCUUCUGUAUUUUAUCCGAAUGCUCAUGGCACUCAAAAUACCAUUAAGCAGCCUCUCUUGCUAACGCCGCCCCCGCCGUCCUACGCUACUGCGACUGCUCGAGCACGUCAGCUGCACGAGAGCAUGCUAAAAGGUGGGGGUAUUAAUGGCAGCGGAGGAGGCGGGGAUCACAAAUCGUCUCAGCAUAAUCAGCAAUCGACAGGUGGACGAGCUGAGCACCGUUCUGGGCUCGGAGAUCAACCUGGCCAGUACGCGACUUUGAACAAGCAGUGCAAGACCCUCGAGUCAAGUAGGGAACCACCUUGGACACCAAGCGUGGCGUCCUUUACCGGUACCCUGUCUCACAAUUCUCAUGGACCUGCUCAUUUGGCCACUUUCCAAGAUUCUCGCAAGACACAGACCUUAGAUCCUAAGAAUCUAGCAAAUCUAAAAAGAGGUCCGACUCCGGCUUGGAAUCAGAAUCGUCCGUUGCCACCAAAUCCCAGUAGUCAACCAACUUGGGAGUUUGAGUCCCGUUCACAGACCAAUAUGAACCAAUUUCGAUCCCUGGUACGAAACAAGACACCAAAUAUUCGAAUACAGGAUCAGAUGCAAGAUCAGGUGCGAACAUUAGACAGAAAUUUUACCAGGAAUCAAUUCAAUGGUACCACGCAGAAUAACGCCGUACCAAAUAUGUACGGAACAUAUAAUCGAGCUCAAUCGAGACAAGAAAACAAAUCAACGGUGGCAACGUUGAGCCAAGUACAGGGUAGCGAUCCCAAUUUGUACGCCGUAACGGAACUAUAAAAUCAAACGACACACCAAACGCAAGCAAACUGCCAUUAUCAAAAACAUUGAAACACCAACAGAUGGAUGUUCGCUGAAACAUAUUCAUCGAAUGUUUACUGAAAUUUAAGAAUCGUCAAAGCACCGUGUUAUCCAGGAAACUCAUCUUGGAAGCAUUCUACAUUUUUAAACUAUUUAAGUACGAACAUGCGUAUUUUAAUAUGCGCAUUCUUAUUUUAUAUGAUAAACUUAAAGAAAAAUGGCUCAAUCGUUUGGUAACUUUUGAUAAGAAUCACGAACAUUUAUAUACGUUUAAACGUAAGAUUUUACACAGAGUCGUCAUUUUGAGUACAAUUGGUGGAGACUGCGAAACUAGAGUUUUCACCUAUGUUUCCCGCAAUGAUGUUCAGAAUUUUCGGGAAAUGGAAACAAAAGCAAAGUAAGAGGAAGAGGAAAAACAUGCAUCUUUUACAUCAUAAACAUUCGCACAUUUAACAUUUCUCAUCAAUUUCCCGAAUGAAAAGGAUGAAGGAAUUGCAAUUUGAACGUGAUGAUGGUUCGGUGAAGAUAGUUGUGCAAGAGUGGCGAUUUAAUCGAGAAGGUCGACGAGUAGUGUGAGCAAGAAAAAACGGGGGCAAAAAGUCUUGGAAUCAAGGAGUUCUCAAGUAGAACGAUGUGUACCGCGUUGUAAAAAAUCGCGUUGAAAUCGAAAAACGGCGAAGAAAGGUAUAGGGAUUCAUUUACAUUGAUAAUCGAAAUAUAUUUAGAUUAAUAUUACUAUAUCGAAUUUUUCUG